GCCACCGUGUUGUUGUCCGUGUGAUGUGAUGUUGAUGUUUUGGCUCAGUUGAGAGGCGUGACGUUUAAUGGUAGAUUUGUACAGAGGACAUUUGCCUUCUUCCCUUCUCCCGCUGCAAUUUACCUUUAAAACCGGUAGACGUCAUUACAGAGGACAACAACAUAAGUUUUGUUUACUUUUGUUUUCUAGCUGGUUGAGAGAUGUCUGAAAGCUCCAGUGACACAGAGUCAUCCUGUGGAUGGACAGUCAUUAGCAAUGAGGGUUCGGACAUCGAGACGCUGGGGCCGGAUAACACUGGAGAGUGUGAGGAUAGAGCAGUUAGUCGUGCUCUGGACACACCUGACGACGAGCGGGGUGAGGAGAGUUUGGGAGAGACUUCUCUAGACCUCACACUGAGAGAGGAGUCGACAACAGAGGCAGCACCUGCCCGAGAGGCGGGAGAUGAUGUGGGUGGAGAAGAACAUGUGAUUCUUUGCUCCUCCAGUGAGAACUCUGACAUCAUAACCCUGCCAGACUCUUGUGAGGCAGAGAUUGAUGCAUGGGAGGAGCCUGUUGCCAAGCAGGCAAAGGAAGCAAGAAGUGAAAAGUUUUAUCUCGGAAGCUCAUCGAGCAGCCAGUAUACUUUUAGAGAUUCUGAGACAAUGGCAGCAGACUGGUGUUGGAGUAGAUGGGGAUUUUCCAGGACGCUGUGGGAAUAUGGCAGCCAGCUCCACAGUUCUCUCUCUCUCUCAGCUUUCCCAGUGGAUCAGCCUGUGCAGCGAGACGGUGGUAACAGCAGCAGUGAGGAUGAGGACGAUGAGAUAAAGGCCAGCCCUGUGGUGAGGAGACGCAAAGCAAGGAGGAGCACUAACAGCUCAGAGCCUGGAGACCCCCAGGAGCCCCACAGGAGACAAGAGGAGGUUGUUGAGGAGAUACAAGCCCAUCCAGAUGCCUAUGCUGCUCCGCAAGAUCAAGGUCAUGUCAGCGGCACUCUGAACAAAUGCAUCCUGUUAGCGCUGCUCAUCGCCAUCAGCAUGGGCUUCGGGCACUUCUAUGGCACAGUGCAGAUUCAGGAGAGGCAGAGAAUUGUGGAAAAGAGCCGCGUGUAUGAGCUGGAAUUACCGUGUAAGAGAGAACUUGACAUUGAAGUGGUUGAGAACCUAAAGGAAGAUCUAGAAGAAAAGCAAGGCAUGGUGCUGUCCCUCACGACCGUCAUGGAUAAGAUAACUAAAGAAAACCAGCAACUCAGAGUCAAACAGGAAGAGCUACAGGCCCAAAGACAAGAUUUAUAUGAGCAGCUGACGCAAACCAAGAGUGAGAUGGAAUCUCGGCAAAAAGACCUGACCAUGGAGAACCAGCACCUUAAAAUCACUUUGGAGCGAGAAGAGGCAUCUCUCUCAGCUCUGCAGGAGGAACUGAGGUACCUGCGGGGACAGAUUCGAGAGUUGGAGGAGAGAGGAGCCGGGACUGACUCAGUCCUCUCCGAGAACCAGCGACUGAAGGGCUACUUGCAGGAGGAGAAACAGAAAUUACGCAACUUCAUGAGCCAAAGGGAAGCACUGAUGGCUGAGGCUCAGGUGUUGCGGAAAGAGCUCGAUAAAGAGCGGAAGGCAGCGGACAAGCUGAAGGGGGAACUGGAGGAAAUGAGUCGGAAGGAAGAGGAUGCUGAGGGCAAGACGGAUCCUGAGACUGAAGAACUGCAGGCUCAACUUGAGGAGCUUGAAAACAAGUUGAAGUUUGAGCAGCAGCGCUCUGAUCUCUGGGAGAGACUGUACGUAGAGUCGAAGGAGGAGAGAGCCAAGGGCGACAGGGACAUAAAGACCAAGAUUCCCAAGGAUGGGAUGCUGGGAAAGGUGAAGGAAACGUUUGAUGCUGUGAAGAAUUCCACAAAAGAGUUUGUGCAACAUCACAAGGAGCAGAUCAAGAAGGCCAAAGAUGCGGUUAAGGAAAAUCUCCGGAAGUUUUCAGACUCGGUUAGAUCCACGUUCAGGCAUUUUAAAAACUCAGCCUCGACCGUGUUCAACCAUGAAAAGAGGUUUCAAGAGAGAAAACCCGAGCGUCAAACAUUUCAGCAAGAGCAAGGAAACAAACGCGCCGAAGACUGGCAGCCUCAGAAACCUUUGCAUCGACAUCCUCGCAAAUCAACCAUGGACUCUUCUUUUCACGCUGAUCGCAACACACGCAAACCUGGUAAUCAGAAUGACCACAGCACUAUGGGUCAGAAAACGCCACUCAAAGGCUGUUCGGGUGUUUUUGACUGUGCGUAUCAGGAGUCGAUGAGUCUGUUCAAUAAGGCAAUGGACCCCAUUCGUGCAGAUGAGUUUAACGAACUUCUGCACAGUUAUUUGCAGAAAGAAGUCAGCCAUUUCCACCACUGGAGGGAGCUGGAGAGCUUCAUCAAAAAUUUCUUCCAUAACGGCGUCUUCAUCCACGACCAAAUGCUGUUUACAGACUUUGUUAGUGGCGUUGAGGAUUACCUUGAGGAAAUGGAUGAAUAUCACAGUCUCAGCGAUGAUGUGUUUGAGGAUCUGGACGACUACAUAUACCGGCACAUAUUUGGAGAUACAUACUUGAAAUACUUUGGGCCGAGUCGACCCUUCGAAGUCCCGGGGUCGAAGGGUAAAGCAUGGAGUCAUUGCCAGCGGCAACAGAGGAAGCACCAGCAGCCACGUCCUCGCCCUCAGAGAAUGAAGAAAUGGAGCCAGUCAGAACGUGACCCCAAUCGGCAGUUCACAGAUGUCAAAAUAGAGCUGGGUCCCAUGCCCUUCGAUCCCAAAUAUUAGAAGAAACAUUUCAAUUCAAUGUUGCUCCAUUUUUUUUUGUGUGUGUGUCUUGGAGGAGGUUAAAGAAUGCUUUGGGUUCACCUUUUCUGUGAUUUUUUGCACAUGUAAAUGUUUUAAUUUAACGUUUCUUUCUGCACUACGUUGAUGGCAGUCUCAAAGUUAGAGAAUCCAAACUGCAUUUUUUAGCAGUUUAGAAUUAGUUAUAGGUAUUUUUGAAGCAGAUUUAUCUUCUUUGAUUCCCUGAACUUGUGGAAAAAAAUAUUUUAAUACUGAAAGUAGUUUUGAACACAUAAGUGGGUAAAUUAUUUUUGAUUUGGGUUAGUAACCAAAAAGCAGUUUGUAUUGUAGCAUUUUAAUUAAUUCAUGACUAUGGUUUUCUAAACUAAAAACCUUAUGUUCCAGUUUGCUUAGGACCAAAUAACCAAUCAAAAUAAAUUAUUUUGAAAAAAUCUCAGAUGUUCAAUAGGUUUGGAGUAAUAAUGAUGCUUCAUUAUAAAGGUAACUUUGAAGUGUUGUGGAUUGACUGGUUGUCACGUGGAUGCUGUAAUGUCAGCACUGUUUUAUUUGAACAUGCUAAUCAGUUGAAGAUAUUAUUUGAAAUGUUUCAAUCUGCAAUUGUUACUGCACUAUUUACCCCACUUUUUUGUGUGUGGUCAUGGGCUAAGUAACAUUCCUUGUUUGGAAACAGCUCUAAGAUGCACUAGUCAUCUGCUCUAAUGUAAUUAAACACAAAUGCACUUAACUGCUUAUGUUGCACUUAAACUGUAGAAUAAAAGUCUUUCAAUGCUUCA